CUUUCGCUGUCCACGGUUCUGAAAGCGCUCAAAUCGCAGGAGUCCGGGGAACAUUUUUAUCGCUCAAAUCCAAACCUGAAAUGGUAAAUCUUAUUUCACUUGGGUGUUCACCUUUUGUGUGUUAACCUCGGCUGUUUUCUAUCUGGCGUGUGAAAAGAAGUCUUCCAGUCUGCUCGGUUCUUUCUCCCACAUGCAAUUAGCAUACGGAAAAUGGAUCUGCAAGGACCAGCAUUCCACAAGGCAAAAACAGAAUUUUUCGUGACUGUAAAAUAAACUCUACCUCCAGUUGUGCAUGCAGGCGUUUUUGCGCACAUUUCAUUCGCUCUCCAAGGAUUACAACUCUCGCAACACGAUCCACCGCGGAGAAAGAGACAAGCCAUUUUAUUCACACUCAAGCAAUAUGUUCGGACAUCUUCCUCAUCAAAACCAGGUUUUCUCUUUAUAAGUACCAAACGGAGCGUCGACUUUGGAUAUGGAUACCAUGAAACAGCGAGUUUUUGCCCCCGGCAAAGAGGGGCUGAAAAAUUUGGCCGGGAAGACACUGGGGCAGAUCCAGAGGGUGAUGGAGAAGCGUCAUGACACCGGAGAAGUUAUCGAGCUGACGGAGGAUGGUAGACCCAAGGAGGUCAAAGAGAAGAGAGCACCUCUGUGCGACUGCACGUGCUUCGGGCUUCCCCGCCGUUAUAUUAUCGCCAUCAUGAGCGGCCUUGGCUUCUGCAUCUCCUUCGGCAUCCGCUGCAACCUGGGCGUGGCAAUCGUGAGCAUGGUCAACAACAGCACCAUUCACCGGGAUGGCAAGAUUAUCGUCACUGAGAAAGCUAAAUUUAACUGGGAUCCAGAGACGGUGGGUAUGAUCCAUGGCUCGUUCUUCUGGGGCUACAUCGUCACGCAGAUACCUGGAGGAUACAUCUCAUCACGUCUGGCGGCCAACAGAGUCUUUGGGGCCGCUAUUUUUCUCACGUCAACACUAAAUAUGUUCAUUCCAUCUGCGGCUCGUGUGCACUAUGGGUGCGUCAUCUUCGUGAGAAUACUCCAGGGAUUGGUGGAGGGUGUGACUUACCCCGCAUGUCAUGGGAUCUGGAGUAAGUGGGCCCCACCUAUGGAGAGGAGUCGACUGGCAACCACCUCUUUCUGUGGUUCCUAUGCUGGAGCAGUGAUAGCCAUGCCCCUGGCUGGGAUCCUGGUGCAGUACUCAGGCUGGUCUUCUGUCUUCUACAUUUAUAGCAGUUUUGGCAUUGUGUGGUACAUGUUCUGGAUCCUGGUGUCAUAUGAGAGCCCUGCUGACCACCCCACUAUCACAGCUGAGGAGCGGACCUACAUCGAGGAGAGCAUCGGCGAGAGCGCCAUGCUAAUGGGGCCGGCUGAUAAAUUCAAGACCCCCUGGAGGAAGUUCUUCACCUCCAUGCCCGUCUAUGCAAUCAUCGUGGCCAACUUCUGCCGCAGCUGGACCUUCUAUCUGCUGCUCAUCAGCCAGCCGGCCUACUUCGAGGAGGUGUUCGGCUUCGAGAUCAGCAAGGUGGGUAUGAUCUCGGCUUUGCCUCACCUGGUGAUGACCAUCAUCGUGCCGAUCGGAGGACAGCUGGCUGACUUCCUGCGCGCCAAGAACAUCAUGUCCACCACAAACGUCAGGAAGAUCAUGAACUGUGGAGGCUUUGGAAUGGAGGCUACUCUACUGCUUGUGGUGGGCUGGUCCCACAGUAAGCCUGUGGCCAUCUCCUUUCUGGUGCUGGCUGUUGGCUUCAGCGGUUUUGCCAUAUCAGGGUUUAACGUGAACCACCUAGACAUUGCGCCCAGGUAUGCCAGUAUCCUCAUGGGCAUCUCGAAUGGUGUGGGCACACUCUCAGGCAUGGUUUGCCCCCUCAUCGUGGGUGCCAUGACCAAAAAUAAGACCCGCGAGGAGUGGCAGUACGUCUUCCUGAUCGCGUCCCUGGUGCACUACGGCGGCGUCAUCUUCUACGGGAUCUUCGCGUCCGGCGAGAAGCAGCCGUGGGCCGACCCCGAGGAGACCAGCGAGGAGAAGUGCGGCUUCAUCGACGAGGACGAGCUGGCCGAGGAGACGGGCGACAUCACACUGUCCCACAUGCCCGCGCAGGGCUUGGCAGCGGCGGGCGGCGCGGCUAAGAGCUACGGUACCACCACGCAGGUCAACGCCGGCUGGGCCCAGAGCUGGGACAAGACUGAGGAGUACAUCCAGGAGGGAGCUCCGCAGGCCUACGGCACCGGCCAGCAGCAGGACUACUCCUAGAGCACAAGUACACAUGCAGGGGACACACAGCGGGCAGUCACACACAACAACACACAGUAUUAGACAUGCGUAUACAUAUGCCCUAGAUGAACCGCUCAGAGAGGGAGAGAGAGAGAGAGAGAGAGAGAGAGAGAGAGAGAUUGUAGGCCUAAAAUAGAUAUAAAACAUAUCUAGAUAUAUAUAUAUAUGAAAAUGUAAUUAAGUAAUAAACAAUAGCAAAUAUAAACAACAUAUAAAGAACAGAAAAGUAUACCAGACACAAACUUUACAGAUUACUGAUAGUGUAAAUAACUCAUAGAAGUGCUAUAAAACAUUCCUUGCAAGCAAACAGAAAUAUAGUCCUGCACAGAAAUGCAACACUCUUUACAAUCAGAAGUGAUAUAAACUUAGAGAUAUAGAGACGUUUUUGUUUCGUUUAUGGAUUUUACUUUGACAAUGGAUAAUAGCCAAUAUCAGAGUUGAUACACCUCUCCUAAUGGAAAGAGAAAAAGAGAGAGAGAAAGAAAGAAAGAGAGGGAGAGAGGGAGAGAGUGAUAAGAGGGAGGGGAAGAGUCCUGGGCUGGACUUUGUAUAUUCUGGUUGAGACGCGUUGUGCUCCAUGGAGAUAAAGAGAGAGAGGAGCCACAGCAAGGCAUUUCCAUAAUGCAUAUAGUUUAAACAAAAUGAGUGUUCUUUAAUAGAAAAUCUAUUUAACAGAGAAAAUCUAUUGUGGUUUGCGCAAAUCAAAAUUACAUAUUAAACCUGUUAUACUGUAUAUCUCAAUUUAAGAUAUAAUAUGUACUAUGAACAAAAAGGUCCUAAAUGUAAAGUUAUAUUUUAACUUUUUUGGUGCAAACUUGUUUGAAUUGUGACACAUUUCUCAUUCCAUCCAUGUACUGUAGUUUUCCUCUAGAUAGAAACAACAAAAUAAAUUUUACCGUGAUGGUCUUCACUGGGCCUUUUAGCCAUCUAGUACUGUAGUUUGAGAAGACUUAGUGACACGCACUCAUUUCAGAAAGCCGUCUUCAUCUGUCCCAGAUAGUAGAUCCUUUGUAUGCUGUGUUUUGCACUUGAAGACAAAAAAAAAAUCCCACUGUCACACCAAGAUCAGUGAUCAUGAUCGAAAUCAUGAUCUUACUCCCAACAAGCUGAAUUCUCAUGGGAUUACCUGUCAGAUUUGGCAACCACUUCCACAUAUCUAGUGUUUAGACGUUAAGAUGGGCUUCUCUAAGAGGUCUGUGUCAGAGAGUCCUUCCUGUAAUGAGUGCCAUAAGUGUGUCAUCUGUACUGUGCGUCUGAGUCAUCAGUACUUUCAUCUGUAACACUGUUUUUAAAGAUACUUUUAAUGCACUGAUGAAUAUUCUAUAGACAACAAAUCAUUGAAAAAGAGAAAUAUCUGAUUUGUAAAAGUUGUGUUUUUACAUGCAUAUUUACUGUUUGUGUGAGACUGUCGUGAUGUGGGGCUGGUGAUCGUUGUGCUUCUUGUUAUCCUAACUAAGGCCAUUCUUUUUUGCCAUGGAUCGAGUCUUGUGGGCAUGAAGUGCAGUUCUGUUUGUUGUGUCUUCAGUUGGAGGUCUGACUAGCGUUAUGAGAAAAAGCGUGUCUCCCUAGAAAGAGAAAAACUAAAAACGUUUCAAGAGUCUCUUGCCAAAAUCUCAGACAGGCGUCCUCUGGGAUUACGUUAUUGUUUUAUUUCUUUUUAAACGAAUGUAACAGUGUUGGACUUUUGCCAUUUGGAAUUUUUCUGGGUUUACAUCUAACUAUCUGUCACGGAGACCUCUCUGAGCAUGACACCAGUUUCCCAUCGAUGUAUGUCUGCGGUGGUUGGCAAAUCUUUGCUUGUUUGGGAAGCUUAUUUUUCAUACGAGAUGCAAUAAAUCUAUAAUUAUGGUUGCUGGUCUCUAUUGUUGUGUAACAUGGUAAUGGAAGUCACAGUAAUUGUUUUGAAGUCAUGUGAUUUAAAAAAGAAAAAAAAAAUAUUCUGGGGUCUACAACUUGUGCUGCUUGAUAUCCAGGGAGAUCGUGUUGCGUUGUCCCAGUGGGGAACUCUGAGCCAUGACUGUGGGCAUUUUUUUCUCUUGACAGGUGG